AUGGACCAGAGGAGGAAGCUGGACCCCUUGAAGGAGGCUUGGUCUGCAGAUCCUCAGCGACAGCGCUUUGUGCGAGAGUUGAAGUAUGCUGUGACCUCAGCCUGCAGCGAGUGUCCCACCGACAGUUGCUUAGACUUGCAAACCUGCGAAGAAUCAAUGCUCAUUGGGCAAAUCGUUUCCAUUUGCACCGAGAUUGAUGCGACGGCUGUGGAUUUGGAGAGUCGCCCGUUAACUUCUGCGGUGUUCGAGUUGUUUCCAGAUCAGUCGCCCAACCUUGUUGCUUUUCAUGGUCGGCCACUACUUAUCAGCUUCAUCCGGUUUUCGGAGCAGACACGAAGCACGGAGAAAACGCCGGACGGAUAUGGCCCACCUGCUGUUGAUGUGGCUGGCUUCCAGAAGGCCUUGGACGAGAUGGACCCGGCCCAGCGCCACGCAGCUUUGCAGCGCAUGGGAAUCAGCGCCGGCCUGCGACCACCGCCGCGGCCUCUCGAGAAAUCCCAAGCCCGGAAGCUGAUGACAAGUCUUUUGCAGAACCUUCGGUUGAUCUCCGAGCAGCUGGCAGAGGCUUGGAAGCUGCAUGAUGCCAGGACGUACGAGGAGAAGCUGAGAGCCACCUUGCCAUACGUGGAGGACAUAUUCAGCCCUACCAUGGAAAAAUUCGGCUUUUCCACCGGGUGGCCGGGCUCCUUCCUGGAGGUGAUCCGUUCUGUGUCGGCAGUGAGCAACCGAACUGGAUCCAUCAAAAUUGCGGCAAUGCUUGAUGAGAUGGACUCGCUGCUGACUGGGCAGCUGCAUGAGCCGUCAAUCCAGGCAGACACGAACGGCACAGGAGAGUUCAGGGUCCGCAUCCGAAGAUCCAAGGAAAAAGAGAUCGACUUCAACAUGCGCCUCAAGGGCAAGGCCACCGGUACACAAGGCGGCAGCCUCGGAGCGAUGGGACUGCUCAUGCCAGGGACAAGAGCAUCUGAAUAUCUGGCCAUGUAG